AUGGGACUCAAAGGACGAUUCAAAGCCUCGGACAGAUUUUGCAAGACAAAUAAUAGCUCAGACAAAACAGACAACAACACAACAGAGGUCCACUCUGAAUCGCUGCACAAACUCUUCUGUGGGCUUCGGAGCCCACGCCACGCUCUUCGAACCCUCCUCCUCCUUUCCUUGAUCUCCGACCCGGUAGUCGGUGUUACGACAUACCGGGCGCGUACCACGCCAUACCCGUGUACGGCUAUUGUCAACGUGCCCGAGUGUAGCAAACAUUGCAUGAUUUACAUUUCCCAACUGAAAUGUGAAAAUGAAGCAGAUGCAGCAGAGAUAAAGAACUUUAUGAUUGUUGCCAAAGCUGCAGGAGACCCCAGGAUAACUUUGUGGGACUUGUGCAGCAUUGAUGCCAAUUUAAUGACAAUGCUGGCAUCUUUGACUUUGACAUACUACAUUGUUUUCAUGGAGAAUAACAUUGGGGCUGAAAUACUACCGUCCCCUCCAACCACAGAAUACUUCAACAGCACACUAAGGCCCUGAUUUCAUUCAAUGCCCUGCAAAAAAGAAAAAAACCGUGAAGAUGAUUGAAAUAAAAAAUACGGGAAUUUA